AUGGAGCAACAAACGAACAGGGCCCAUCGGGCGCCGAAAGAGAGGAAGAAAUAUGAUGGACCCAAUCCCAAGGCGUUUGCAUUCUCGAAUCCCGGAAAAGGCAAUAAAGCUGGAGCGAGGUCUCAUGAUAUCAAAGAGAAGAGAUUACACGUUCCGUUGGUGGAUCGUCUGCCUGAAGAGGCUCCCCCGCUUGUUGUCGCUGUAGUUGGACCUCCUGGCGUCGGAAAGACCACUCUUAUCAAAUCCUUGAUCCGCCGGUACACUAAACAGACGCUCAGCACACCGAAUGGACCAUUGACUGUGGUGACAUCGAAGAAGCGACGUCUCACGAUCUUAGAAUGCCCCUCCGACUCCCUGGCAGCCAUGAUAGAUGUGGCCAAGAUUGCGGAUAUCGUUCUUCUGAUGAUUGACGGUAACUACGGAUUCGAGAUGGAGACUAUGGAGUUUCUGAACGUUUUGUCUACUAGCGGUAUGCCCGGAAAUGUCUUCGGCAUCCUUACGCAUUUGGAUCUGUUCAAGAAGCAAAGUACUCUUCGAGCUGCCAAGAAACGUCUUAAGCAUCGGUUCUGGAGUGAACUGUAUAACGGUGCUAAACUCUUCUACCUUUCGGGUGUGAUCAAUGGUCGCUAUCCCGACCGCGAGGUGCACAACCUGUCCCGAUUCCUUUCGGUUAUGAAGAACCCUCGGCCUCUCGUGUGGCGUAACUCCCACCCAUACGCCCUUGCAGAUCGCUUCCUAGAUAUCACGCCGCCGACAGAGAUUGAAAAGGACCCGAAAUGCGAUCGCACAAUUGCCUUAUACGGUUACCUGCGAGGAACGAAUUUCCCUGCUCAAGGUGCGCGCGUCCACGUACCUGGAGUUGGCGAUUUAACGGUCUCUGGAAUUGAGGCAUUGCCUGAUCCUUGCCCAACCCCAUAUAUGGAUCAGCAGAUACAAAAAGCCACCGGGAAAUCGAAUAAGCGCAGGCUGGGCGAAAAGCAAAAGCUGCUCUUUGCUCCUAUGUCUGACGUUGGCGGUGUUUUGGUCGACAAAGAUGCUGUCUACAUCGAUGUGAAGACUUCGAAUUUUAACGAAGAUGACGAAGAACGCGAUACGGACCGCGGUCUGGGUGAGCAGUUGGUUAUUGGACUGCAAGGCGAGCGGAAACUCCUUGGUGAGGCAGACAGCGGUGUCCGCUUGUUCCGCGGUGGAGAAGCCAUCACAAAAGCCGACGACGAAGACAAUGAUACUGGGCGUAAGCACAGGAGAGAAGUACGAUUUGCUGGAGAUGACAACCAAGGCGCUGCGGAAGAAGACGAGGGCUUUGAAAGUGCAGAGGAUGGGGAAGACGAAGAAGAGGAGGACCAGGAUGAUAUGGAAGCUGGUAGUGACGAUGGCGAAGCUGAAGUGGACGUUUCUGCACCUCCAGACUUCGCGGAAAGCUUCAGGGAACGACAAAAUGGACCGACGUCGCGCCAGGAAUCGGAUAUCGCAUUCGCCGAUAGCGAUUCAGAUUUAGGCUCGAUAUCGUCCGUGGAGGAUCAAAUUCUUGAAAGCGAUAUGGAAGAGGAAGAAGAAGGCUCAGACGAGGAAGACGACGGAACUCUUCGUUGGAAAGAUAACAUGCUUGCUAAUGCGAAAUCGCUUCACUCCAAGCGCCCAAAGUACCGCAUCACGGACCUCUCGCGCACGAUGUACGACGAGUCAAUGACACCGGCUGAGGUCAUACGACGAUGGCGUGGUGAGGAAGAGAGAGAUGAGGAGCCGGAGGGCGAAGACGACGAGGAUACGUUCUUCAAGAAGACGAACGUUGAGCAGGAGGAGCAAGCUGAGUAUCGCGCCGUUCCUGAGUAUGAUUACGAGGAGUUGGAACGGAAAUGGCGAGACGAAGAGAUGAUCGAGUCGUUGCGCAAGCGUUUCGUGACUGCUAAACUCGGCGACGCUGACGAUGGUGAGGAUGAGGACGUCGAAGACGCCUUUGACGAGGAUGAUGAGGGAGACGGUGCGUUUGAAGAUCUGGAGACUGGAGAAGUCUUCAAUGGGAUCAAAGACGACGACGGCGAAGCUAGCGGGGAAGAUGAUGAGAAGGAUGGGCCUGAAGACCUGGAGGCUGAACGCGCGCGGAACGCUAAAAGGAAGGAAGAACUGAAGCUGAGAUUUGAAGAAGAAGAUCGUGAAGGCUUUGCGAAUUCGAAAGACAACUCACGACACGACGGCGCGGAACCCGAGGAAGAAUUUGGGGAGGAUGAAUGGUACGAUGCGCAGAAGGCAAAAAUGCAGAAGCAGGCCGACAUCAAUCGCGCCGAAUUCGAGGCCUUGGACCCUAACUCCAGGGCUCGAGCGGAGGGUUACAGAGCUGGAACAUAUGCCCGUAUUGUUCUCGAGAGAGUGCCUUGCGAAUUUUCUACGAAGUUCAAUCCUCGAUACCCUGUCAUUGUUGGUGGGUUGGCACCGACUGAGGACCGCUUUGGUUACGUCCAGGUUCGUAUCAAGAGGCACCGUUGGCACAAGAAGAUUUUGAAGAGCAACGACCCGCUCAUCUUUUCUCUCGGUUGGCGACGCUUCCAGACCCUACCCAUGUACAGCACGUCCGACAAUCGAACCCGUAACCGAAUGCUCAAGUACACUCCGGAGCAUAUGCACUGCUUCGGUACAUUCUAUGGGCCGCUUGUUGCACCAAACACUGGUUUCUGCUGUGUUCAAUCUUUCUCAAAUAAGAAUCCCGGUUUCCGGAUAGCAGCCACCGGUGUGGUGUUAAGCGUGGACGAACACACGGAAAUCGUCAAGAAGCUCAAGCUCACGGGUGUGGCCUACAAGAUCUUCAAGAACACUGCCUUCAUAAAGGACAUGUUCAACUCAUCGCUAGAGAUCGCCAAGUUCGAAGGAGCAGCAAUCCGAACGGUAUCAGGUAUCAGAGGUCAGAUCAAGAGAGCCCUGAGCAAACCAGAUGGAUGUUUCCGUGCAACUUUCGAGGAUAAAAUCCUUAUGAGUGACAUUGUAUUCCUGCGCGCAUGGUAUCCCAUUAAACCUCACCGCUUCUACAACCCAGUAACCAACCUCUUGGAUAUUGAAGAGGGCCUGUCGGGCGAUGGCGGCUGGAAGGGUAUGCGACUAACAGGCGAGGUCCGACGGGAGCAGGGAAUCCCAACACCCCUGAACAAGGACUCUGCAUACCGCAAGAUCGAGCGGCCCGAACGCCACUUCAACCCUCUUCGAGUCCCACGGCAACUCGCUGCAGAACUCCCCUUCAAGUCCCAGAUCACACGCAUGAAGUCGCGGAAGGAUAAGACCUACCUGCAGAAGCGUGCAGUCGUUCUAGGCGGAGAGGAGAAGAAGGCUCGUGAUCUGAUGCAGAAGCUCAACACCUUGCGCAACGAGAAGCAGGCUAAGCGUGCCGCCAAACAGGAAGAGCGCAGAAAGGUCUACCGUGCAAAGGUCGCCGAAGGUCUUGAGAAGAAGGCCGAGAGGGAGAAGAGGGAGCGUGAUGAAUACUGGCGAAGAGAAGGCAAGAAACGGAAAAAUGAAGACGGAGAAGGGGGUGGAAGCAAGAAGCGCAGGUAA